AUGUGGCAGCUACGCUUCCUAAAGAAGCUUUUCCCGCGCCCAGGCAACCCGGGCUUGAAUUUGUUCUUAUACGAGGUGGAACAUAUCCAUAAGCUAUUGACUGCUCCCGUCGUCAAAAAGCCGGUCGAAGCUUCACAACCGGUGCUCAACAGACCUACUCAGGCAAGACCUACAACGCCAUCAUUCACUCCGGUGCCAAUCAAAAAUGAAGAAGAUGGGGAAGCCGCCUGCGCCUUGAUCGCCGAGGUCCCAAAGAAGCCCCCGGUGCCCAACAGACUGCCAAUCAAAACUGAAGAAGCUAAGGAAGCCGCCCGCACCUUGAUCAACAAGGUCCCUAAGAAGCCCCUGGUGCCGAUUAUUGUCUUGACCACACCUGGAGGGCAAGUUGUUGAAGCACAAAACAUUCCGGCGUGGAGGAAGAUCGAGAUCCCUUUCCAUUACCGGCUCAAAGUAAAACGCGAGCUGAAUAAUGAUAAGUGGCUGAGCCCAGCCCUCUGCCGAAGAAUGCGCAAGAAAAUACGGCGACGACAGAUGGAUGAGUGA